UCGCCAAAGAGGAUUUGAGGCGCAGGCUUUUUUUCUCCAGCAGACGGGGAAAUAUGGACGCUGGUUAUUAAGAGCUCAUUCUGCGUUGCUUCAAAUCGUUUUUGUUUUCUUUUUUUUUUCCCUUGAAGCAACUACUCUGGGUCCCGUAGAAGUAAGAGGUGCACGCGCAAAGGGUGUGUUGAGACUGAGGACUGACAGACAAACUGUUUCUUUCACCCCAGCUUAUCGGCCAACGCGGCUCCUCCGUGGCACUUUUCCCUCUCUGCUGCCAAGGAUGUGGGGUGAAAAGCCCACAGCGAGGCUUCCAGCAACUCGCCAACGGAUACGAGCUUGAACAUGAAGAUUAAAGCUGCCUUUUCAGCUCGAGUGAAACCGUGCAAACAUUAACUGGCACUAGAAGGAACUGUUUCAUAAUUACACAAAUCAUAAUAACCGUGCCUAGUGGAUAUCUGAGGUUUUUUUUUGUUGCUUUGCUGCAGCUAAGUAUGGCAGAGAGGACCUUUGAACAGUUCAAACCCUUUAGGCGGGUUUGAACAGUGAGAGAUUUGGCUUCUGGCCUGGACGGCAUGAAGUAAUGGUGUUUACUCCAGGAAAUGAGUGUUGGUUUAACCCAUCCAACUGUAAAUCUGUGCUAACAGUUACACUUUUGCUUUGCAAUGCGCAUUACACUUGUAUGCCAGUUUAGACACUUAGUUUUAUGCUAUUCUACUCUUAUAAUCAACCCAAUAUUUUUGUUUUACUAUCAAAAGUUCUAUUAAUUCAUUCCCUGCUAGUCCUACCUAUACCCUACACAAUUUGUAGUCACACAAUGGUUGUACAAAAGCUACACAGCACCCAUUUUAUUUGGAUWGGGCUGCUCAUUUGCUGCUUUGUGGAAAUCGGCACAUGUCUAGAGUUCACAGGUGCUGAGGGACAAUGGGCGAGGUUUCCAGUGUGGAACGCGUGCUGCGAAAGUGAAAUGAGCUUCAACAUGAAAACGAAAAGUUCCCAAGGGCUGCUGGUGUACUUCGACGAUGAGGGCUUUUGCGACUUCCUGGAGCUUCUCGUGCUGAACGGUAAGCUCAGCCUGCGCUUCUCGAUCUUCUGCGCCGAGCCGGCGACCGUCGUGUCMGACGCGGCGGUCAACGACAGCCGGUGGCACGCCGUCACGAUACGGAGGAACUUUAAGAACACGACCCUCGCCGUGGACAACGAGAUCAAGUGGGUGGAGGUGAAGUCGAAGAGGCGGGACAUGACCGUCUUCAGCCCGUUGUUCGUGGGCGGACUACCGCCGGAGCUGAGGGCCGUGCCGCUGCGCCUGACGUCGGCGGAGGUCAAGGAUCAGCCGCCUUUCACCGGGUGGAUAACCGACGUGAAAGUCAACAACACCGAGUCUGAAAUGGUCAACAGCGAGGGGGUCUUAAUGGAUGUCUGUGGGAGAGCCAACAUGUGCUUAAAUGGAGGAAUCUGCAGUUUGAUCGACAACGAGCCAUCGUGUGACUGCUCAGGCACAGGAUUCCAAGGAAAGGACUGCAGCGAAGAAGACAACUAUACUGAAGGUCUGGCACACCUGAUGAUGGGCGACCAAGGUAAAAGUAAAGGGCAGAGAGGGACACCUUGGCUUGUAAGGUCCCUGCUGAGCAUACAAGGAAAAGAAGAGUAUGUUGCAACCUUCAAAGGAUCCGAGUUCUUCUGCUACGACUUGUCCUUGAACCCAAUUCAAAGCAGCAGUGAUGAAAUCACGUUGUCUUUUAAAACCCUUCAGAGGAACGGACUAAUGCUGCACACGGGCAAAUCUGCUGAUUACGUCAACCUGGCCCUGAAAAAUGGGGCCGUSUCACUCGUCAUUAAUUUGGGGUCUGGCGCCUUUGAAGCUCUUGUGGAGCCGGUCAAUGGGAAAUUUAAUGACAAUGAUUGGCAUGAUGUCAAAGUAACAAGGAAUCUACGUCAGCACUCAGGCAUUGGACACGCUAUGGUAACGAUAUCUGUGGAUGGGAUUCUGACCACCACCGGAUACACGCAGGAGGACUACACCAUGCUGGGCUCGGAUGACUUUUUCUACGUUGGAGGGAGCCCUAGCACCGCCGACCUGCCUGGAUCUCCUGUUAGCAACAACUUCAUGGGUUGCCUCAAGGAGGUUGUUUAUAAAAACAAUGAUGUGAGACUCGAGUUGUCCAGACUGGCAAAGUUGGGUGAUCCCAAGAUGAAGAUCCACGGAACCGUUGCCUUCAAGUGUGAGAACGUAGCAACUCUGGACCCCAUCACGUUCGAGACACCUGAAUCGUUUAUAAUCCUCAACAAAUGGAAUGCUAAGAAGACAGGCUCCAUCUCGUUUGACUUCCGCACCACUGAGCCCAAUGGCCUUCUUCUCUUCAGCCACGGCAAACCCAAACAACAACCAAAGGAUUCCAAGACGCCCCAAACUCUUAAGGUGGAUUUCUUUGCCAUUGAAAUGCUGGAUGGCCAUCUGUACCUGCUGCUAGACAUGGGCUCAGGAACGACAAAGACCAGGGCAGUCAACAAGAAAGUCAAUGAUGGUGAAUGGUACCAUGUGGACUUCCAGCGAGACGGAAGAUCAGGUACUAUCUCCAUCAAUACUCUUCGCACUGCUUAUACGGCCCCUGGGGAAAGUGAGAUCCUGGACUUGGAUGACAAUCUCUACCUUGGGGGUCUGCCAGAGAACAAAAUGGGGCUAGUGUUCCCUACUGAGGUGUGGACAGCACUGCUCAACUAUGGCUACGUGGGCUGCAUCCGAGAUUUAUUUAUUGACGGACAGAGUAAGGAUGUUCGACGACUGGCAGAGGUCCAGAAGGCCGCUGGGGUCAAACCAUCAUGCUCUAAAGAGCCUCCUAAACAGUGCUUGAGCAACCCUUGUCAAAACAAUGGGAUCUGUAGAGAAGGUUGGAAUCGCUACGUGUGUGACUGCUCCGGGACUGGAUACCUCGGACGUUCCUGUGAAAGAGAGGCGACCAUCCUCAGCUACGACGGCAGUAAGUUUAUGAAGGUCCAGCUGCCGGUGGUGAUGCACACGGAGGCYGAGGACGUGUCGCUGCGCUUCCGCUCCCAGCGGGCCUACGGCCUCCUGAUCACCACCACGUCUCGAGACUCCGCCGACACGCUGCGCCUCGAGCUGGAAAGCGGUCGAGUCCGGCUCACCGUCAAUUUAGGCAAAGGUCCAGAGACUAUUUUUGCGGGUCAGAAUCUGAACGAUAAUGAGUGGCAUACCGUACGAGUGUUCAGGAGAGGCAAGAGUUUGAAACUGACGGUAGAUGAUCUACCGCCUGUGGAAGGUCAAAUGGCAGGUGACCACACCCAGCUGGAGUUUCACAACAUCGAGACGGGCAUUGUGACGGAGAAGCGCUUCAUGUCCAUGGUGCCCUCCAACUUCAUCGGCCACCUCCAGAGCCUCUCCUUCAACGGCAUGGCCUACAUAGACCUCUGCAAAAARGGGGACAUUGAUUACUGUGAGCUCAAUGCCAUGAUUGGCUUCAAGAGCAUCAUCGCCGACCCAGUCACCUUCAAGUCCCGCUCCAGUUACGUGACCCUCACCACCCUGCAGGCCUACUACUCCAUGCACCUUUUCUUUCAGUUCAAAACCACCUCCCCGGAUGGCCUCAUCCUGUACAACAGCGGCGAUGGGAAUGACUUCAUUGUGGUGGAGCUGGUUAAAGGUUACCUUCAUUAUGUGUCUGACCUGGGGAAUGGAGCCCACCUGAUCAAAGGCAACUCAAAUAAACCUCUCAGUGACAACCAGUGGCACAGUGUCAUCAUCUCCCGGGACACCAACAAUCUCCACACAGUCAAGAUUGACACCAAGGUCACUACGCAGACAACCACAGGAGCCAAAAACCUGGACCUGAAAGGUAAUCUUUAUGUCGGCGGGGUGGCUAAAGAAAUGUAUAAGGAGCUGCCCAGACUGGUGCAUGCCAAAGAGGGCUUUCAAGGUUGCCUGGCGUCGGUGGAUUUGAACGGCCGCCUCCCGGACUUGAUGUCAGACGCUCUGGACUGUGUGGGUCAGAUAGAGCGAGGAUGUGAAGGCCCCAGCACCACGUGCCAAGAGGACUCGUGUGCCAACCAGGGCGUGUGUCUUCAGCAGUGGGAGGGCUUCAGCUGCGACUGCAGCAUGACGACAUUUGGAGGACCUUUGUGCAAUGACGCGGGAACAACGUACAUAUUUGGGCGAGAUGGUGGACUGAUCACGUACACAUGGCCACCAAAUGACCGUCCCAGCACAAGGGCGGACCGGCUAGCCAUUGGCUUCAGCACGCACCUAAAGGAUGCUGUCCUGGUGAGGGUGGAUAGCUCCUCUGGCCUUGGAGACUUUUUGAAGCUCCACAUUGAAAAAGGAAACAUUGCUGUUGUGUUUAAUGUGGGAACAGAUGACAUUAACAUCGAGGAGACAUCAAAGUUUGUAAAUGAUGGAAAGUACCAUAUAGUGAAGUUUACAAGGAGUGGGGGUAAUGCCACUCUGCAGGUGGAUGACCUGCCAGUCAUUGAGCGCUACCCCACAGGCCACAUUGAUAACGAACGCCUGGCGCUUGCUAGACAGCGAAUCCCAUUCCGACUCGGUCGAGUAGUUGAAGAUUGGCUACUCGACAAAGGGCGACAGCUCACAAUCUUCAACAGCCAAACCACCAUACAGAUUGGGGGCUGGGAYCGAGAUCGGAGUCGGUCCUUUCAGGGGCAGCUUUCAGGCCUCUACUAUAAUGGCUUGAAGGUGUUCAACAUGGCCGCCGAGGGGGACCCCAACAUAAAGAUCCAGGGCAGCGUGCGGCUCGUGGGGGAGUCGCCCUUCUCCAUCACGCCGCAGUCGAGCACCACGGCCAACCGCUCGGAGACGUCCACGUCCAUCAUGGAAAUCACCACCACCACCGCYUCCAGCAGGAGAGUCAAGCAGACAACGCCACGAGAGCCUCAGCAGACCACUGAUGACUUGCUGGUGGCUUCGGCGGAGUGUCCAAGCGAUGAUGAGGACAUUGAUCCCUGUGGUGAGCCGAGCUCAGGUGGGUUAGCCAGUCCAACAGGUUCUGGACCGAAGGGUUACCCAGGAACGUCGGAGGUCUUCCGGGAGUCCAGCAGCACAACGGGCAUGGUGGUCGGCAUCGUAGCGGCAGCUGCACUGUGUAUACUCAUCCUGCUCUAUGCUAUGUACAAAUACCGUAACAGGGACGAAGGGUCGUACCACGUCGACGAGAGUCGCAAUUACAUCAGCAACUCGGCGCAAUCCAACGGCACCAUAGUCAAAGAGAAGCCAGUCAACAAUGCAAAACCUUCAAUUAAGAACAAGAAGAACAAGGACAAAGAAUACUACGUGUGAUAGACGGCGUUUUGGUCUAUGCUUGACCAACUCAAUCAUCUGUCAAAGCGAUGAAUCAGGACAUCAUGUGUACAGUAUAAUAACAAGGAUGAACAAAAUUAGUCAUUUUUAACACAAGACAAUGCUCUAAAAUGUCAAAUGAAAAAUGAAAAUAUACAUUUCCUAACUAUCAAGAAGUCAAGAAAAUACAUCCUGUCCAAAAAUAGACUAAUGGGGAAAUGGCUGGCAUUUAUUAGUGAACUAAAUGCAUAUCUAAUAUGUCAACCAAACAACAGUAACCCGUGACUUGUUCAUUGGCCAGGGUAAUGCAAUCCAUCUUUUCUGUUCCAUGUWAACAGAAGGGCACAGAUGCACUUUGCAAAUGGAGAUUCAGCGUUACAAACUUUGCAUUUGCAUUGCCUGUUUGUGUUGAGAUUUUUUUUUCCUGGAGAAAAUGGCACAAUGCAUAAAUAAAUACAUACAUGGAAGCUGGCAAAUAUUUACUGUGGAUGAAGAGGAAGUGGAAGGAAAAAAACAAAAAUGAAAACAAACGUGUGGUGGUGAAUCCAGGCCAAAGUCCUCGCUGAAGAGGCUGGGGAGUCUGGCAAACGACUAAUACCUGCUUGAGCCGCUGCAGCGCAAAGAUGAGAACGGAUGGCAGUUCCUCGUAAAACAGUCAGAUAAAAGGCAACAAUUUGUGUCAGAAACAAAAGUGAAGGCUUUUUUUUUUGUUGUUUGUUUCACACUGUUGGAUUUCAAAGGAGGAAGUAUUCUCAGAUUGCUGGGGAUUGAAGGUGAUCAUUCGGGAGCCAUGCACGCAAAAGUAUCUUAUAACAGUACAUAUGUUUAUAUACAGUACAACCACAUCUAUAUGUGCUUACUGGACUGUGACAAAGUGGUGUUUUAUAGCCUGUUGUAUAGAUGAUGCAAACUAUAACUGCUACUCAACCAUUUUGGAAUAAAAUAUAAAAAAAAUAAAAUAAAAAUGGUAUGUGUUAAUAAGUGUUGAUAGACAUAGAUUUUAUGAGGACAUUCUUUUUUUCAGUUGGAUAAUAAUUUGAAAUCCCUUUGUUUUUACAUGUGUUCCUAGAUAGGUUUUUUUAUACAUAUGCCAACCUGAGAUAGAUGAUCCUGGACCAGUAACAACCUAUCCACUCCUAGAAACUGCACAGGACAUUGACAGUGGAGAGGUGCACCAUGACAACUCGUGUGACUCUCUCUAAAGGAAUCACUGCCUUCCUCUUCAACCUUGACUUCGAUGAGUGAAAGUGAAGACUGAGCAUWAGAGCGCUGACGUCGGACGAGGACUGUGUUAAAGAUGAAUUAACUUGCUGUGUGUGUUUUAACAAGUGGUAUUGCGAGACUGUACAAUAAGUGCUUGAGCUGUCCCCGCAAUCUGGAGGAGAAUAACUCAAAAAAUAGGUCUCCAUUUCCAACCGAUCUGUGUACGUUCUGUCAUUCUGUCCGUCAGUUCUGCUUUCCAGAGACCUGUACUUGGAAUGAGUAUGAGCAAAAAUGACCAUGAACUAUAAAACAUGAUUAUAAAUUUUCUUGGUUUGAUCCUCUUUUGUUUUCUUUAGUGUUUUCAAUUGUAUUACUUCUUGUACUCAAUUUAAAAAAAUCCUUAUAAAAACUAGUUUUGAAAAAUCAAAUGAAUAAAACAUUACCUAAGUGAACUUUAA